AUGCCUCGCAAACAUACCCAGUUGCGCGGUCCGAAAGACCGUCAACCGCAAAAGCAGCUUCCCAAGAUAAAGCCUGGGAAGGCUCUGAACGCUUUUGCCAUUGCAGAGAGCGAAAUCCCUACGAGGCUCGGCGUCCGACGCUCCCGUCUAGGCGACAACGAUGAUUUUUCGAAGCGCAAGCGACACCCCGCCCGGGAUAUGGAUGAUGAUUCCGACGGCCCCAACAACAAGCGCCGCCGUACUGGCGACGAUUCCGAUUACAGUGAGAACGGCGGUAGUGAUGGCCAAGGCCAUAAAUGGAGGUUGGGGGAGGUCGAUAGCGACGACGACGAGGAGUUGGACAGCGAUGAGGCGUUAGGAUCCAGCGACGAGGAAAGAUUUGAAGGGUUCUCUUUCCGAGGAAGCUCUAAAUCUAAGCCGAAGAAAAAGACGCAACCCGCCAAGAAAAGCGACCGCACCAUCUCGCUCUCAGAAGAUGUGGAAGAAUCUGAAGAGGAAGGGUCGGAAGAAGACGAGGAUGAUCUCGGCGAGGAUGCGGUCGAUUUGCUGACUGCUUGGGACAUGAACACGGCUGCAGAGGAAGAGGAGCAGGCAGAAAAGUCCGCCAAAGCAAAGAAGCAGGCGAGCGACGAUGAGUCCGAAGAAUACGACUCCGAGAGUGAAGAGGAAGAUGACAGCGACGCCAAUGAAGACGACGAACUGUCGGUGUCCGAAGACGAUGCUGCCGACGAGCAUGGCCUGUCUAAGCUACAGAGUUUUGUCAAUUCUAUGGAAACAGAGUCCACUAAGAAGUCGUCGCGGAAGACCACCGGAGGACACGAGCAUACUACGCCUACGGAGUUUGGUUUGGCUUCUACAAGAAAGCUGACAGCUGCUGAUCUUCUGCCAUCAAUCACGGAUUCGCGCCUCAAGAACUCGCUCAAACACGCUGACAGCACAGUUGCUUCGACAAAGAGCUCAUCCGGCAUCCCGGGUAAACUCGAUGCACCUCUCGCUAAACGCCAACAAGAUAAGCUCGAACGCGCCGCGGCCUACGAGAAGAGCAAGGAAACCCUCAAUCGCUGGCUCGACACGGUCAAAGCGAAUCGUCGGGCAGAGCACCUCGUUUUCCCCCUGCCUGAUCCGGACGCUCAGCAGUCCUUCCGUUUAGGCGCAGCCAAACCCCAGAACGACCUUGAGAGCACUAUCCAGAGUAUUCUUGUCGAGAGCGGACUUGCCGAGGAGAAUGGAAAGGACGCUGAGGACCAGGUUCAAGAGUUUGAGGAGCUACAGGCGCGGAAGCUGCCUAUCGAGGAGAUAAGAGCUCGGAGAGCUGAGUUGCGCAAGCGACGUGAUCUGAUGUUCCGAGAGGAGGUGCGUGCCAAGCGAAUCAAGAAGAUUAAAAGCAAGUCGUACCGCCGCGUUCACCGCAGAGAGCGCGAGAAGCUUGAACAGCAAGAAAGACAGGCACUCCUUGAAGCCGGCGUGGACCUGGACGAGGAUGAACGAGAGAUGAAUGAGCGCCGGAGAGCCGAGGCGCGAAUGGGCUCCAAGCACAAGGAGAGCAAGUGGGCGAAGAGCCUGAAACAAACUGGUCGUACAGCUUGGGAUGAGGAAGCUCGACUCAACACGCACGACCUGGCUCUGAAGGAAGAGGAGCUACGGAGGAGAAUUGAGGGCAAGCGCGUUUCUCAGGGUGAUGAGGAUUACUUGGGGUCUUCCAGCUCGGAAUCCGAGGACGAGAACCCGUGGGACGAGGAGGCUGCAUCUGAUGCUGAAAAGCGCAAACUCCGCAAAAAGCUCGAUAAGCUGGAAGGCGGUGACGAAGCUGAAACAGAAUAUUCCGGCCCUCAUGCCAAGCUCCUUUCCAUGAAAUUCAUGCAGAAUGCCGAAGCUGCUCGGAAAGCCCAGAACGAUGCAGAGGUCCGGCGACUCAACAGGGAACUCCACGGAGAAGAAUCCCAGUCCGAGGCGGAGUCUGAAGUUGGCCGGCGGAAAUUCGGCCACGCUGAAGGUGCCAAGUCGAAUAAGGACAGCAAACCCAAAUCCGCUCCCCGCAACGAGUUUGAAGAGAAGCCUGGAUCUGAUGAUGAGGGAGACGCCGAUGAGGAUAUUGACAUCGUGGUUAAUCGCCCGGACAAGAAACCCGCGGAGUCCUCCGUCAGGGCCAAAUCACAGGGACGCCACUCGAAUGGUCUUCCCAAACCCGCGGAAGACCCUGUUGAAGAGGAAAACCCAUGGCUGGUGCAGACGAACAGGACGAAUCGCCGGGCUCAAGUGAAUGAUUCCCAGCAGACCGUUGACAUCUCUGUCAAUGAUGCCACAACUCCAGCUCCUGCUAAGGGAGCGAAAACUCAAGCGACAAAGUCAUCUACAUCCUCCGAGAAACCAUAUCUGGACGAAGCCAAUGAUAGUGGUGAUGACGGCGUUCCAGUUCUUCUCAAGAACCACGACCUUGUGAAGAGGGCUUUUGCCGGCGAUGAGGUUGUACAAGAUUUCGAGCAAGAAAAGCGAGAUACCAUCCGCGAGGAAGAUGACCAGGUGAUUGAUAACACCUUGCCAGGAUGGGGCAGCUGGGCCGGUGAAGGUGUCAGCAAGAAACAGCAGAAGCGACAGAAGCGUUUCCUGACCAAGGUGGAAGGUGUUAAGCCUGAGAAUCGCCAAGAUUCGAAGCUCUCUCGUGUUAUCAUCAAUGAAAAGCGAGUCAAGAAGAACAACAAGUACCUGGCAACUCAGCUUCCUCAUCAGUUCGAGACCAAACAACAGUACGAACGGUCUCUGCGCAUGCCGCUGGGCCCCGAAUGGACGACGAAGGAGACCCUACAGAGCUCAACCAAGCCUCGCGUGAUUGUCAAGCAAGGCAUCAUCAAACCCAUGGAGAAGCCGAUGAUCUAG